GCGGAUCGCUGUUUUUGUUCGAUCGGAAGGUGGUGCGAUACUUCCGCCGCGACGGACACGUGUGGCGCAAGAAGAAGGACGGCAAGACCGUUCGCGAGGCGCACGAAAAGCUAAAGGCGGGCAGCGUGGACAUUCUGCACUGCUACUACGCGCACGCGGAGAGCGACGACCGCUUCCAGCGCCGCUGCUACUGGCUGCUCGACGGCGAGAACGAGAACAUCGUCCUGGUGCAUUACCGUGAAGUGGCUCAGGGCACGGGGCGGGCGCAGCAGUCGCCCCGCCACAGCACGGUGGACUCCGUGCCAAUCUAUACCGACCAGGGCCCCGACAUGAGCAUAGACGACCUCUCCGCGUCCGUGGGCGGCGGGGUGAGCGGGAUGGGAGGCGGCGGAGCUCGCAGCGCGGGCAUGGCGCUAAUGGGCGGGGGAAGCAGCGCGGCUUUAGCGGGUAUAGGCAGCGCCAGCGCCGCUGGUGGUGCUGCUGGUGGCGUUGGGGGUGUUGGGGGGGUGGGUGGGAUGGGCAUGCAUACCCCUUCCACCAGUCGCUGUGGCAGCGGCCGCAUGAUAGGGCUUCCCUACGCUUCCAGUUCCGCCUCUGUGGGCGGAAUUGCUGGCGGCGGGGCGGGCGGCGGCGGAGCAGGCAUGGGGGCGGGCGGAAGGGGCGGGGGCGCGUUUUCCAUGGAUAUCCCCGCGUCCCCCAGCCACGGGAACGAGUACUGCUCGUCGAACGCGGGCGGGAACGAGUCCGGGGCGUUCGUGGGCGGGGGGAGGCGCGGGGAGGAGGGCGAGGAGGAUGAGUAUGAGAGCGGUUCAGAACGGUUUGGUGAGGAGGGGGAUUCGGCUCUGAACUGGACGCAGCUGGAUAUGCAAGGUGGGGGAGGGAGGGGCGUUGGCGGUGGGAUGGACGGUGCUGGGCUGGGUGUGGGUCAGCAGCAGCAGCAGGCGGUGCAGCAGCAGCAGUUGCGGCUGCUGCAACAGCAGCUGCUGCAGCAGCAGCAGCAGCAGGCGCCGCAGGGGCAGCAGGGGCAGCAGGUGGCGGGGGGGAUGACGGAUUUCAUGGGGCUGUCGUCGCAUGGCAGCCUGGGUGUCACGGGGCCGGCUGAUCCCCUCUUGCAGCAGGUGAGUCGAGCUGUGAGUCAACUCAAAGCAGGUGGGUGGGUGUUGAGUCGACUCAAAGCAGCAGGUGGCGGGGGGGAUGGCGGAUUUCAUGGGGGGCUGUCGUCCAGCUCUGUCAGUUGGUUGCACGGCAGCCUGGGUGUCACGGGGCCAGCUGAUCCCCUCUUGCAGCAGAACAACCAGCAGCAGCAGCUCUCGAGGCUGCUGGAGCAGCAUCAGCAGCAGCAGCAGCAGCAGCAGCAGCAGCAGAGGGACAUGCAGUCGCUCCUGCGGGACACAGUGGUUCUCGACGAGCUCAUCAAGGCGUCAGGCCUCGCAGGCUCGUUCGGAGCCGAUGCCUCUGCAGCAGGCACAGGUGCUGCUGGUUCGGGGAGUGCAGCAUCGCCAGCAGCAGGGCCGGCAGCAGCAGCGGGCGCAGCAGAGGCGCAGCUGAACUCGCUCAUGUAUGCUCGCUCGGGCUCCUCGGGCCCACACACAGACCUGGUGCGUGCGGAUGAGCGCGUGGGUGGUUCGCGCGUGUGUGUGUGCAGGAUAAACAGUGUAGGUACAAAGAGUAUUUGUCAUGCUCGUCUUUUCUCGCCCUUCUCUCCCCGCCCUUCUAUCCUUACUCCCUCUCUCCCCGCUCCUCUCCCCCCGCCCCUCUCUCCUCACCCUUCUCUCCUCACCCUUCUCUCCUCACCCCUCUCUCCUCACCCUUCUCUCUGGUCAUCCUUCUCUCCUCACCCCUCCUCACCCUUCUCUCCUCACUCCUCUCGCCUCACCCCUCUCUCCUCACCCCUCUCUCCUCACCCCUCUCUCCUCACCCCUCUCUCCUCACCCCGCUCCCCUCACACCUCUCUCCUCACCUCUGUCCUCACCCCCUCUCAAUCAGCUCUCUACAAAAGCACCUUCCUCAGCAGGACUUGCACUCUCUUCCCCCUUCAAUCCUCACCUUUUUGCUUCCCACAUCCUCCCCCCGACUCCUCCCGCCCUCCCUCUGUCUUUCUCUCCCCCACCUGUCUCCCUGCUUCCCCAAUUCUCCCCAUACCUACACACCAGUCCUCCCUCCUCCUGCAGACCCUCCCUCUCAACGAGGCAGGCAGAGAAGCAGCCUUCAGCGGAGGCGGCGCCUCCGGCUCCCCCCGAGCCAUCGCUGCCGCCACCGCCGCCGCAGCCGCCGCCAUAGCAGCCGCCGCAGCUCCGGCCGUACCUCCCGAGAGCUGGCUCGGCGCGUACCCUCCGGAGCUCCGAAGCUCCGGAGGCUCGGGGCGGCCGGGGUUCUCCAACAUGUUUGAUGAGAUGCAAACGGAUGGGGCGAACAGGAGCCUGUCUGGUUUCCCCCUGCCGCCCAGCGGUAGCAGCAUGCCUAAGAGUGGGAGCAUCCCUCAGAGCGGCAGCAUGCCAAACGAACCUGCAAUGUUCCGGAAGCUGGACAGCUUUGGCGAGUGGAUUGAGGAGGUUUAUAAAGGGGAUGGUGGUGCUGGAGGUGGCGGGGGAGCAGGCGGGGACGGGGCGGGAGUGGGGGAGGACGCGGUUAUGGGGGGUGGUACCUUUCCCCUCUCUGCUUCUGGAGCUGGUGGUGGCAGUGACGCGUUUGACGUUAGAAUCCAAGCCAUGCGGCGUUCUGCCCCCACACCCUCCCCUCUCUCCUCCCCCGAGCCGUUCCCCUCCUCCCCCACCUCUUCCGGUAUGGUUUCCCCGUCGUUUGGAGGCGCUGAGACGGGGUUGGAAAGGCAGGAGGUGAGUUUCAAGCUAGGGGUGAAGGAGGAGGCGGGGGGGGACGGCGAGGAGGAGCAUGGUGUAGGCCUGGGAGGCAGCAAGUAUGACCUGUCCUUCAUGGGUGCUUCUCCCAUGCUCCCUCUUGGUAGCACCGCUCCUGCUGCUGCUGCUAGUGGUGGGGUGUCUGGAGUGGGGGCGGGAGGAGGAGCAGGAGGAGGAGCAGGGGGAGGAGGAUGGGGAGGGGGAGGGAGCGUGGGGGGAGGAGGAUGGGGAGGGGGAGGGAGCGUGGGGGGAGGAGGAGGAGCAGGGUUGGGGGCGAGGAGGGGGAUAGGCGGCGGGAUGCUGUCGAUGGGAAGCAUGGGGUCGGUGGCAGCAGCAGACUCGCCGCGCCCCAUGGUGACCUUCUCCAUUGCCGACUAUGCUCCCACCUCUGCUGCCACCAUGGGGGGCGUCAAGGUGCGUGCUGCUGGUGUGCUGGUGCUGCUGGUGUGCUGGUGUGCUGGUGCGCUGGUGCGCUGGUGUGCUGGUGCUGGUGGUAGGCAGGUGAAAAGGAGACCUGAUGGUGACCCUCUGCGGCCGAUGGUGACGUUUUCCAUUGCCGACUAUGCGCCCACCUAUGCUGCCACCAUGGGGGGCGUUAAGAGGCACCCCAAGCCCCCACACGCGCCUGAGGCCCCUGCCCUCCUCCCCCUCCCCCCACUCCGAUUCCCCUUGCCACCCCCCCUUCUCCCCCAGGUGUUGCUAGCAGGCUCUGUCCACGAUCCCAGAGGCACCCCAAGCCCCCACACGCGCUCCUCCCCCCGCGGCAGCUUCUCAGGCAGCGGCAGCCUUAGCGGGGGCGGGGGCAGUUUCGGCGCGGGAGGGCUUGGGGGGGGCGGGCUUGGGGGAACCGGAAGCGGGAGCUUCGGGCGGGGGGAUACAGUAUGGGGCGUGCGGUGGGGGGUGACGUUUGGAGAGGUGGAGGUGGAAGCUGAGCAGGUUGUGCACGGUGUACUGCGGUGCGUGGCCCCCAUUCACAAGCAGGGGAGGGUGAGCCUGCGUGUGACCUGCACCCCUGCUGCUGCUGUGACUGUGACUGCUCCUGGGGGUGAGGGAGAGGGUGGUGGGUCUGCAGGUGUGGAGAGUGGGGGAGGCGGAGGGGGUGGAGAUGCAAUGAAUCAAGACAUGGCGUUAGCAGGAGGGGGUGGGGGGACGGGGGUUGGAGCAGCGGGAGGAGGGGUAGGAGGGGAGGCAGGCAAGGCGGUGAAGAGAGUGCCGUGUAGCCCUCCUGUUCCCUUCGACUUCCUCCCUCCUUGGCAGUCAUUUAAAAAGAGCCUCGCUCUAGACCGAAACAGGACCAUUGGCAAAAGUGGUCUUGGUGCUGGUGCUGCUGCUGGUGGUGCUGGUGCUGGUUGUGGGGGUGGUGAAGGGGAUGGUAGCAGGCCGAGUUUGUCCCGUCUGUUUCUCUCCGAACGCGCUCUGCUCUGCCGCCUCCUCUGUUUCAUCUCCCGCAUCAAUCGCGCCAGCCUGGCGGACGUCAGCGCUGACUGGGCGUGGGUGGAUGAGGCCCUGGCGUCCACGUCAGCAGCAUGCCCGGAUGAAGCGGAGUGGAGGGGCAGGCCGGAUGGGAACAGGGGGGAGGACGUGGCGGGGAGGGAGGGAAUGGGGGUGGAUAGAGAGGAGGAAGAGGAUGAGGAGGAGGAUGAUGAGGAGAGAGAGAUGAGCAUGUGGGGGUAUGGGAGUGAUGAGGAGGAUGCAGAUGAGUAUGCUCUCAGGUUGCAAUGUCAAGGAGGGGCUGAUACAGAGAGAGGAGGAGGAGCAGGAGGAGAUGGAGUGGAGGGAGUCCCAGGGAGUCCAGUGCGGUUGGAGGGCGUGCUGCUGCAGGCGCUGAUGCGGAAGCAUCUGGGCCGUUGGUUGGCGCUGAACAGCGAUGCAGCGAGGGAGGCGGGCAGGAGGGGCAUGGGGCUGGGCCUGGGGCAUCUGGUGGCGGCACUGGGGUGGCCGUGGGCUGUGCCUCUGCUCAUGGCUGUGGGGUGGGACCUGAAUGCAAGAGACAAGAGGGGGUGUACGGCGUUACACUGGGCUGCUGCUAAAGGGAGAGAGGCAAUGGUGGUGGCACUGGUGGCUGCUGGAGCCAACUCCUCUCUGCUCGCGCGAGUGGGAGGGGCGGAGCGCACAGCAGCAGACACCGCAUCAGCAUGCGGGCACACGGGCAUCGCGGCGUAUCUAGCAGAGUCCUCUCUCAACGCCUCCCUCUCCUCCAUGACCAUUCAGGACCAGCACCAGCUAGCCACCGACCCUUCUCUUCUCCAAUCCGCCGCUGCUGCCGGUCACGCAGCCGUGGCCGCAGCAGCAGCAGGUGCCAGCAGUGGCGGCAGUGCUGGUGCUGCUGCUGCUGCUGCUGCUGGUGCUGCUGCUGCCGGUGGUCUCCCGGGGGCGGCUCGUCCCGCUGCUGUUGCCGCAUCUCCCGACAUGCAGGAAACGCUGGAUGCGAUCCGAAGGACGGCGCAGGCCGCAGCGUUGAUCCAGGAGCGGUUCAGGAAGCACUCAGAGCGAAGGCGCCAGCAGCAGGAGGAGGAGGAGGAGCUUAGAGAGCAGGAGAGAGCAGUGGCAGCUGCAGCGGAGGCAGCGGCAGGGCUGGGGAUUGGAGGGGAUGAUGAGUUGGAUGAGGAGGAGGCGAGGAUGCUGGUUGCGGCUAGGAAGAUUCAGAAUGCGUUCCGAGGGCACAAGACCUUCAAGCAGUCGGAGGCGGCACGGAGCAUUCAGAGGCGGUUCCGCACGUGGAAGCACCGCAGGGAGUUUCUGCGCAUGCGACAGCGGGUGAUCAAGAUUCAGGCACACGUGAAGGGGCACAUCCAGCGGGUGAAGUACAAGAAGAUGAAGUGGGGCCUGGGGAUCAUUGCCAAGGCGGUCCUGCGCUGGCGGUUCCGCCGCAGCGGCGUGCGGGGGCUCCGAGCCCAGCAGGGAGACUGCCACUCCGAUGCGGAUGGUGCGCUGUACGGGAGUGAGGGCGGGGAGGCGGGGGGUGGGGAUGGGGAGGAGAGAGAGGUGAGUCUGGCGGUGAGCCGGAUGCAGGCUAUGGCUCAUUCGGUGGAGGGAAGGGCGCAGUAUUCCAGGAUGAAGCAGGCUCAGAUUGACAUGCAGCAGGAGAUUCAGAUGCAGCAGAUGCAGAUGCAACAGAUGCAUAUGCAGCAGCAGCAGCAGCAGAUGCAGCACCAGCAUAUUCAGCAGCAGCAGCAGCAGCAGCAGAUGUUGAUGCAGCAGCAGGCGCAGGAGCAGCAGCAGUAUUCUGGCUUGUCUAGUUUUCCGAAUCAACACCAGCAGCAGCAGCAGCAGCAGCAGCAAGUGCCUGACCUUCUGCAGCAAGCUCACCUGUUAACGCAGCAGCAGCAGGGGUCAGAGCAGCAAUGGAACCAGUGA